UGGUCUAAGCAGUGGAUGUUGACUUGGGAGAAGUUUACAAAAGAACUGGCUUCUACCAAAGUUGUCUUUCCUCUCCAUUGGUUGUACUGUUACCAUGACCUCUGCCGUACAGAGGCAUAUUAAGCACAGGGUUACCUUGACCUCUGUCGUUCAGGGGCUUGUGGAAAUUAGGGGUACAUUAUUAGCCUCUGUCGGUUCAGGGGUGUCCGGUUAUGAAUUGUCAAAUCCUCUUAUCGUUUGAGGUGUGAACCAUACAAAAUGUCUGCCUCUGUCGAUCAGAGCAGUCCUGGGUAACCAAAUUGCAGCUAGUACCACUAUCGUUGACCACUACAGGUUGCCAAUGGAGUUAAUUUGAAGGCUAAGAAAGAUGUGGCCCCACCACCACAAGAAUCUGGCUCUGAAGAAAGCAUGGAUGAAAGCAGUGCUGAAGAGGAAGAGACUGCAGUCCCUGUUCAAAAGAAGCCAGUAAUGAAGUCUACACCGAAGCGUAAAGCUGACAUUGAUGAAGAUGAUUCGCCAGAGGCAGAAUCUACUGUGCCCAUGAAGCUGGCUAAAAUGUCGCCUUCUGUUGGGAAAGCUAAAGCAGUGAAAGUGAAAACACCAAAAUCUGCCAAGAAAGCAAAGGUGGUGGCACCAGCAUCUGCCAAGAAAACUAAGAUGACUCCCAAUGCCAAGCCGAAAGCAGCAAAGCCAGAAAGUGAUGAUGAUGACGAUGAUGAUGAAGAUGAUGAAUCAUCUGAUGAAACACCGGCACCAAAAUCUGCCAAGAAAGCUGGUAUGGUAACACCAGCAUCUGCCAAGAAAACUAAGCCGAAAGCAGCAGAACCAGAAAGUGACAGUGACGAUGAAGAUGACGACGACGAUGACGACGACGACGAUGAUGAAGCUGCUGUUCCUCAACUUGGUAAAAAGCCAACAAAAGCUAAAGGCAAACCAGCAGAAAGUGACGACGACGACGAUGAUGACGAUGAUGAUGAUGAUGAAUCUGAUGAGGAACCCCCACCUCCACAGCUUAAGAAAGCAGCUAAGGGAGCCGUGCCAGUAGCCAAGGCUAAGUCUAAGGCUAAAAUGGAAGUCGAUGAGGAAUCUGAUGACGAUGAGUCUGAAGAUGAAUCGGAUGACGAGGAUGAUUCCGAGGAGGAAAAAUCUUCAAAGGAAUCCAAAGAAGCAAAAAUAACCAUAUUUAUUGGUGGACUGGCUAAGGAUGUGGAAGGGAAGAAGGUGACAAAGUUUUUCAAGAAAAAUGAUAUAGAGAUUGCUGAAGUGAGGAAGAUCGACCAUAAACAAUUUGCGUACGUGGACUUGGCUGACCCGAGUGACUUGGAAAAGAUUUUGGCUCUGAAUGGCACAGAGUUUAUGGACAAGGCACUUAAGAUAGAACGAGCAAAGGAGCGAUCCAGUCUGCCUCUUACACCUCUUACACCUCGUCCCACCCAACAAAAAUCUGGUGGUGAUGGUGAAGAUGACAAGACUUUAUUUGUCAAAAACCUGGCUGAAAAUGUAACGAAAGAAAUGCUUCAAGAUUUCUUCGAAGAUGCUACAAAUAUUAGAUUGCCAGAAAGUUCUGAAGGAGGACACAAAGGGUUUGCUUACGUAGUGUUUGACGAUGCAUCCAAGGUUGAAGAAAUGUUGAGCGAGAAGCAAGGAGCUGAGCUGGAGGGUCGGUCGCUUUUCCUUGACCAUGCUGCAAAGCGUGACACCAGGUCUCCCCGAGGACGUGGCGGCCCCAGGGGGGGAGGGGGAGGAGGAGGUGGAGGUGGUGGGGGAGGAAGAGGUGGUGGUGGAGGAUCAUCGGGAGUCAGAGGUGAAUCCAAGGUUUUGUUUGUAAAGAACUUGAACUUCAACACCAGAGAUUCAUUCCUGCAGCAACAGUUUGAGGGAGCUGUAUCUGCUCGAAUUGCAACAGACAGGAAUACUGGCAGAAGCAAAGGAUUUGGCUUUGUUGAGUUCAGCUCUGCUGAUGAUGCAGCAUCAGCUUUCGACAGCAUGAAGGGGAAGGAAGUUGAUGGACGACAAGUCUUUCUAGACUUCGCUGCCGAACGAUCAGGUGGUGGUGGUGGUGGAGGAGGUGGCGGCGGCGGCUUUGGUGGACGUGGAGGAGGAUUCCGUGGCGGUCGUGGUUUCCGCGGGGGCCGUGGUGGCCGAGGUGGAGGUGGACACGGAGGUGGUGGUGGUGGUGGAUUUUCUGGUGGAUCUGGCAGAAAGAGGACUUUCGAUAGCGACAGUGAUUAGGUAGAAUGGAUCAGCAAACAUCUUCAUUAAAAUCUUUUAAAGGACACUUCUCAGAAUGUGGUUUACAGAACCGUUGACAACUUUACUUUUUAUGUUGCUUUACAGGAGACAAUUCUAUAACAAAAGCCCAAGUGAACAUUUUUUUAAUGUACAAAAUAUAGGACCAGUUAUUAAAAAUGCAGAAAAUACUGUACCUUUUUGGUGGUGGUAAUUAAAACUGCUUUUAAAAUUGUUCAUGCGAAAUGUUUGGACAGAAUAUUUUAAUAUUCUUAAUCAAAAGAAUGUUCAAAUAGAAACUGUUACGUUUAUAGCCAGCACAUAAACCCCAUAUUUUAAAGGAACCAUAACCCAUUUCGAUUGUUGUCUGUUAUUAGUUGGGCAUUUUGUAAAAAUUCAAUCCAUUUAAGCAUGUUCAUGUUGCAUAAUUUUAUGUUUUAUGCUACACGUAUUGCUGCAUUAACUUGAAAUAAAUAGAUAAAAUUAUUA